AUGACAUCCCCUCCCCCCAUCCCCCCCGAGCCCAAAUUCGGAGGCUUCACGCGAUUCGAAAUCGAACUCGAAUUCGUCCAAUCCCUCGCUUCACCAACCUACCUCAACCAUCUCGCCUCGCAGAAAUACCUCGAAGAACCGGCCUUCGUCGCAUAUCUCAAGUAUCUACAAUACUGGACACAGCCUCCGUAUCUGAAGUACCUGAUGUAUCCGGGGCCGACGCUGAAGCAUCUGGAGUUGUUGCAGCAGGAGAGGUUUAGGAGGGAGAUUAUUGAUCCGGGCGUGAUGAUGGCGUUGAUGACGGAGGGGAGUAAAGCUGCUAUGGAGUGGCCUGGGAGCUGA